UGUCAUCUAUCAUGUCACCUAAAAACUGUCACCGAGUGCCCGUACAAAUUUUAUAGGCGGUUCUUGCUGCCAUGCACAAAAUCAAGACUUCCAGAUCUUGACAUGCGGUGAUAGUAUUCAGAUCAACAAACAAUAAUCAAAAAUUUUUGAAGGAACCCCUCUCGGCAGUUAUCAAAACAUCAGUACGGGCAUAAUUCAAAAACCACUUCCAUUUUCAUUGUAAUAUCUGACUGUUAUUCUUGGUUCUCACCGAGAUAAGUCGAAUCGUUGUAUAGAUUUUUAUAUACAAUUUUAUUGAGAAAUCAUUAAAGAUGACUGACGAUACGUCUAUAGAGGAGGUCAGGAAGGGCGUUUCCGAACUGACGGUGCUUUCGUUCAGGAAGAUUGACGACGUGAAACGAUUGGCGAAGCAUUUUAAGUAUGUCAUUGACAAUCCUAAGACGCAGGAGAAUCAUAUUGUUUUGCGUUAUUUGAAGAAUUUGGACGACACCCACAGGAGGAUCUUCUUGACGAACCGCGAUGGGGUUGAAGUUGAAUAUAUAUUCACGACGGAAAAGAAAAGUAGCCUGCAGAGGCAGAGGUUUAAUAGCCUACCAGUUAGCGAAGUGCCUGAAUUGCUUAAAGCCGAGUUGACGAUUGAGAACGCGAAGCAAGUACACAUUUGUACGGAUUGUAAUGUCGAAAUUGAGAUAAAUGAAGAUGAACCCUUAAUGGAGUCGCUUCAGAAGCAUUUCAAUUUGGACGUUCACUUGCCGAAGCUUAAACGCGAAAGUAUAGAUGUAGCGGAGCCUAUCAUAUUGCCUAACAUGUCAAGACGUCUUUCGGCCUUAGAAUGCGGGGAAACGCCUAAUCAUAAUAUCGAUUUUAUGCAAAUUAUGAAACCCAUGGAGAAGCUAGAUAAGAUGUUUUCCGGGAAGCUAGAGGCGUCGCUUAUCAGACAUUUGCCUGAUAACUCUGAAGCUAGCAUUGAUGGCGCUGUCAAGUUCUACCAAGCAGCCUACGAUAAACUGUGCCUUGAUAUCAACGGAAUCGACUUUUCCGGCCAAACCAGCUCUGUAGCACCAAUAAUCAUGAGUAUUAAAGACAAUGUUAAUCAAAAUUUUACAAGCGACGCCAAUAAGAAUUUUGAAAAUGAAGAAUGUGAACAAGUACCUGAGAAACCGGCUAAGAAUGUAGUGAAGAAGUAUCGAUAUUAUGGAUCAAUUGAAUGUUUAAUCGUGAAACUAUUGACUAAUCAUAAACUGCUUACGUUGGUGGACGACCGUACAGGGAAGCUAGCGUUCUUUUGCAUGGCGUGCGAGUACUACACGCUCCGAUUUAAAUACGACAGUGUAUUGAACCACGUCUUCAGUGAAACUCACAUCCAUAACUUGGCUUGUAUCCUGCAAGCGGACAGGCACAUUCCGUUCCCCUCGCAGGACUCUAGCAUCGAGAAAAUCAAGGAAAUCAAUCGGAAAUUCCUAUUCAAUCACAGUGUGACCGAGGAAGGGAAUGAACUGUUCUGUUCUCUGUGCAAAUUUACAAUUGACUCGCCUGAAAGCAUCAUUCUGCACAUUCUAGAUGAGAAGCAUCUAGCUCGUUUGUCUGACAAGUUGUACCGUAAGAUGAAGACCAAUAACCCAGAUGGGCCAGUGCCCGAUGAAUGGGGUCCAAAAAGCUACGAUUGGGCGAAAUUCCUCGCCAGCGUUGGCAAGCCUUUGAACAACCGCGAUCAUGUCGUGAUCGAAAACUUUAUUAAGCCAGGGAAAGUAUCGAACUAUUGCUCGUGCUGUGAUAUGGUCCUAAAGGGUCCGAGACAGGUGCUGUUCAACCACAUCCGUCAAAAAAAACAUUUGCGGAACGCCGCACCGUAUAAGCUAGCAAUGUUAUACAAGAACCACUGUCGCCCGGCCGAAUACUUUGCUAGCUUCGGCAAUUUCUACGUUUGCACUAUAUGCCCGACGUAUGUCGCACUCCCCUCGUUUUCCGCUAUCGUCGAACACUUUGAAAGCUCCAUGCACGUUGAAACCAUUGCAAAACUAAUCUGUUCCGCGCUAUAUCCGAACGGUGAUCUCAAAUUGCUAGAAUCCAACGAAGUCAUCAAUAACAAGUGUGAUUUCUGCGAUGCUACAUUCAAUGAUGUGUCAGAGUGUGUAAGGCAUGUGCUCUCUGACGUCAAUCAUCAAACAGCAGUCGCUGAGGCGAGGACCAAAGCGAACAAGGGCGAUAUCAUAAGCGUGUACUUGCACGGAAACUACAUUUUACACAGCGAAGGGGUGCAGUUCACAUGCACGAUUUGCAGCGGAGUAUUUAAUUCCAUCCGUUCGUUGCUAAACCACCUAGUUUACGCGGACCACUUCAAGCAGAAACCGAAUUCGGAGAACGUCUUCCGUUUUUACCUGGAAUUGAAGCAUAAUAUUAACAUGUUGUCGCGGAAUAAGUACGUGUAUUACGACUUCGGGAAGCUAAAGUGUGGCGUCUGUGCUAGUGAUGUGGAUGAGACGGAGAACGCGAAGCGUCACGUGGCGUCGUUGCGUCAUAAGGAGAAUAUGGGGGCCAGUUAUGUUAAUGUCAGUUUGGACGCGUCUGUUGAAUGAUUUAUGUAUGUAUGAUACAAUGUACCUUGAGAACAACUGAGCACCUUGUUAUACAACAUGUUUCUGAGGUGAUAUUACGUUUUACACAGUGAAAAUUUUAAUAAAUGAAAUAAUUUUAUAAUUUA